UUCCCUUGGCACCAGCCAAAGCUUCCUUUCCAAAAGAGGUGCUGGGCUAUGCCAGGAUGUGCACUGGGACAGACCUGGGUGUGUGGAAACAUUUCAGAGCCAGGAGAUCCCCUGAGCUCCCAGCAGAGCUCCUGGCACAGAACCACCCUGGCACCUUUCCCACAUCAGCCUGGGUGUGCCUGAGCAUUGGGAUUUGCUCUAACCAAAAUAACACUGUGCACCUGAGGGGGGAUUUGAGCCUUCAAACCAGCUCCUCCCUGUGCUCACGGGGUUUGAGUUCAUAAAAGCUCCCAGUAGGGAGGAAGGGCACUGAGAGGGAGAGAAGGGUGCUGGGGUUUGUUGCCCCUUUGAAGCUGGGGAAGCAGCCAAAAAGUCUUAGAGAAAAAAUAUAAAAUAAAUAAUAAAAAAAGGCAGUCAAAGGUAGAGGAAAACAAACAAGAACUAAACCUGUCUCUGACUUCAGAUCUGUUUUUUGCUUGUUUUGUUUUGCUAAGGCUUUGGGAAACUGUAAAAAGCAGAAUCACUGCCUCCCAAACACAGUAAUUGUGAAGACCAGACAUCCCUCUGACAAGGAGUAGCUGCAAGUUUAAGAGAAUGGCAGUGGUCUCUGCAAUGUCCUGGGUCCUGUAUUUGUGGAUAAGUGCCUGUGCAAUGCUGCUCUGUCAGGGGUCCCUCCAUCACACUUUCCAGCAGCAUCACCUGCACAGACCAGAAGGAGGAACGUGUGAAGUUAUAGCAGCACACAGAUGCUGUAAUAAGAAUCGAAUUGAGGAAAGAUCACAAACAGUAAAAUGCUCCUGUCUACCUGGGAAAGUGGCUGGGACUACAAGAAACAGACCCUCCUGUGUUGAUGCUUCUAUAGUGAUUGGGAAAUGGUGGUGUGAGAUGGAGCCCUGCCUAGAAGGAGAGGAAUGUAAGACAUUGCCUGAUAAUUCUGGAUGGAUGUGUGCGACUGGCAAUAAAAUCAAGACCACCAGAAUCCACCCAAGGACUUAACAGAGAGCCCACAUCUGUAUGGAGACAGUGAAAGCCCUGCUGAUUUAUGAGGACAAAGUAUUGAAAGUUUAAAACCAUCUCAGCAUUUACAAGCCAAAUGGAUUUCUUAUUUGCACUUUGACUGUUUACCAGAAAACAACAGUGGCUUUACUGUGUGAAAGAAAGGAUUCGGUGGAAAUAAUGCCCCUGAUUUCUGACAGCUGAAAAUAAAAAAAAAUGAAGAAAGUGGUUCCUUUGAUAAAGUUUCUGAGAUUGCAAAGUACAAGCAACAGUAAAAGUUUGGAUCUACAAUUUACUUUAUACCAGUUAAAGUAUAUAUAUAUAUAUAUAAAUAUAUAUAUAUUAAUAUAUGAUAUUUUGAAAUAAAAGCCUCACUCUUCAAGAAAUUGAAUAGUACCACACUUUGCUGCAGCUGCUGUAUUUUUUUUUUCCUUUUUUUGCAAUGGUCUGGAAGUUCCCUACCUGUUUGAGAGAGAAAUGUGGCAGUGAAGAGGCAAAGCAAACCUGCUGUGGUACAAGGACGCCUAAGAGCUACACGAAUCCUACCGAUGCAGCAUCCAGAGCUUCUUGUUCCUUCGGCAGAAUUUUGAGGGCAUUUGUUGUUCCACUUUGUGUUCUGGAGGCUUUUCCCCUUGUGCAAUACUAGCAUGCUGGCUUUGCUUCAUUAACCAUACUUGAUUGAUAUAUAACAAUGAUAAUUCUAUCCUCCUCCAAGAAAAUAUUUUUAGAGCUGUUAGAUAUUCCAUGAAGAAGAGAUGGACAACUGCUGAGUGAAGUACAGUAUGUAUUAAAAGUUUAUUUGGCAGAGUUUGGUAGACUGUGAGCUCCCUUCUUAUUAAAGAUGUACUGUCUGUACAAUGUCUUCAGACUUUGUAUAGCUUGUAGAGACUCCAGUAAAAACCCAGAAACCACCUCCAAAGCUUUGUGUUGUUGGCUCACUAAUUCUUUGAAACAACAACAAAGCUAUUUCUUCCCAGACCAGCACGUGAGGGGAAUUAUUUCAUACAGUUUGGUUUUUCAGGAGUCCAUUUGCAAUUGGUGAGCAGGCACGUCAGCUGAAGCAUGCCUCUGUGGACACCUGGCUGUGUGACAUGGGAGAACUACCUAAAUUUAAGUUUCCCUCCUUGCAGGCCAGGCUAAUUCUCAUUGAGAGCAUUCCCCACCAGCUAAAAGCAUUCACAUAAGCAAUUCCACGGCCCAGCAAUUGCACAGCAGUUUGUGGCAAGCACAAAUUGUGGCUGAUCCCUGCUUUUGUUUCAGAAUAGUCUCCUUUUGUUUAUUUUCAGUCUGUUUCUUGCUGUGGUGAAUUCAGCAGGGCUGAGAUGCUCCUCAGCAAGGAUGUGUCCACAGAGACCUUGACCCUGUCACUGCGAGCACUGAACUCCCUUUUCUGGCUGAGCUGUAGCUGCUCACCAGGCAGCCUGGCCAUGGCAUUGCUGAAGAUCAAAUCUGAGGGCUGAAAUGUGCAAGUUCACAUUCCUAGGCAUUUUUGUGAGCGGUCCAAUUAAUUUCAGGGGGUUUAUUGGUGUGGAAAAGUGUCUUGCUGUCACGCAUAAGUCUGUGCAAUCUACCCUUCAGUCUGCCUAAUGCUACCAAAUCAAAGAGGAAUAGGGAAUUGCAAAACUAGUUCUGUCCAGUCCAGCUUCAUUCCUUUAAUAUUUCCAAUUUCCUUUCAGCCUGCUUACCUGUCUCUCACAGGAUGCCUUUGGCCAUGCUGAUCACUUUUAAUCCAAUGCAGAGGAAGUGCUGCACUUCCCAUCCUAGAUUUGGUUGAAAUCUCCCACUAAGUUUCUUUCUCCUUCAGGGCAACCACUUCAAUCCUGAUGCUUCAAGAGGCAGAAAUUGUCACUGUAAUUACAGUGUGGAUUAAAGCAGCUACAUGACGUGUCACGCCAUAUUCCAUGCUGGCUUCCCAUGCUGGUCUUUUCCCUGUGCUCACAGUGGAAAUGGAGAAGCUGUUUCCAAGUACUUCUAUUAUUCCACUUCAAAAAUAUGAGUGAAAAGUAUCCAGGGAAGAAACAGAUUACCCAGAAAGUGGUGGAAUCCCUGUCCCUGGAAUGUUCAAGAAAAGGCCUCCACGUGGCACUUGGGGACACGGUUUGGUGAUGAAGGUGGCAGUGUGAGGUUAACAGUGGAACUGAUGAUUUUAGAGGUCAUUCAGAAUUCUGGUUCUGUGCACAGAAAGGAGCGUGAGCCUCACGCUCACUUGUGAAUACUGGUGACCCUUGCACAUGGAGACCAUUCUCCCUGGUGGCUCAGCUGGACAGGCCAGGUAUUUUAGGGGACAGCCACCUGCCCAAACCACAGAAGAUACCUGGACCCUACUCUAUAUUUUAGAUGCAGGCUGCCAUGGCCGUGUGUCCCCAGUACCAUCAUAGUUCAGAGGGGAACACCGCCUGCCUGGUUACCCCUAAAUGGAUUGUAAGAUCAGCUCCAGCCUCAGCUGUCACUAGUAAACAGAAACUCCUCUAAAAUAAAGCAUUUCUGCAUUUUCUACUCCCCAGAAUUUCUGAUUUUUACUCAAACCCCAAGACCCCCUCAAGCACUCCUUGGUGCACCAGGAGAUAGACCAGCAGGUAAGUCCAUUCAAAGCCAGGACAUGUUAUCAGCCUUUUACCAGCUGGAACUGAAGCCCACAAAGCUAAAUAACCUCCCACAAUCACUUUAGGGAGCUGUAGAAAAUCCAGCAGAAGUUGAACUUUGCUUUCCUUACUCCCAAUCUGCUGAUAUCCUGUUAGAGGAGCCCCACAAACAAAUUGAUGUGUGGCCUCUUGUACUUUAUGCCAAAGCCCAAGGUGUCACCACUGGGAGGAUUUUACCCCACAGCAGAGCAGCUGCCAUGGCUCAUUCUGUGAGUAGAUAAAGCUGCUUGUGCUGUGCCUGUUGAGAUUGGGAAAUAUUAGACUUGCUAAAAUAUCAGAAGGAAAUGUUGUCAUUACCACAGGAAAGUUUCUUUGAGAUGUUUAUGGAUUUUUUUUUUUCUUUGCCAGUAGGCAGCCUCAAAUACCACCCCACCAAAUUCAGUAAACAUCUGCGUGUCUUUGAAGUCGCUGCAAAAAUCUGCUCGUGAAGUGAGGCACUGAGAAACUGCUGUUUUAAUUAAAAUGUUUUAGAGGGGAAUUAAGGCCUUUGCAAAAAUAAUGACUGAUAGAACGUGAAGUCCAAUUAAGAGACAGAGCCAACUAACCUUCAUGUUUUCAGGGAACCAAACUGAAAACAAUAAUAAAAAGGAAUUCAACAAGCCUAGAGUCACAAAUAUUCUGAAUUUCAGGGAUAUUCACAGUAGCACAGUGUGUAGCAGGAAGAUGUCAGAGCUACUUAUCCUGGCUGAUGGAAAGCAGAUGUGUUUCAGUGGUGGAGUGAGUGGUCCUCAUAUCCUCAUGGGAAAGUGGCAGUCAUGUCAUUCUCUGCAUAAUGUUAAAAGUUAUUUAUGUUAACAGAGGAGAAAAUGAAAGUUCCUGCUUUUUGGCAGAAGUCUAGAUAGAGACACUUCAGGAAAAAAAAGAAUAUUUGUAUAUGCAUCAAAGAUAAAUUUAGAUUUAUGUCAGUGUUUCUUCAGAUGUGUGAAAUCAAGUUCUGUAAAUCUAAAAUGUACAAGUUGAAAAAAUACCAAAAAAAAGAAAAAAAAAGUAGCUACCAUCUGCCUAUUAAUUCAGAAAAUUUAGAUUAUGUGCUUCUGUCCAAAAAUCUCUGGUAAUAAAAGGCUCAGUGUGGUAUGACUUGAUAUUGUUUUGAAUAGUAUAUGCUAUAUAAAAAAACCAAAAGCAAAACCUUGAAGAAAGUCCACUCCUAUGGCCAACAUCAGCAUGAUGUGCACCCAUAUUUGGCACUACACACAGGAAGGACCAUGAAAAACUGCUGAAAGUGAAGCAGUUUAUGAUGAGUGAUGCUCUUAUCAGAGCUAUUGAUUAUUAGCAGAGUUUGCAGGUACUGUCAGUGGAGUACUGCUUGGAUGUUUUCCUAUUAUAAAAUUAGUUCCAUUCCUAACUCUCAUUUGCCACUUUCCUGUUUCAUUGGCUGGUCCAAAUAUAAUUACAGAUCAUAGGGAAGUUGUGGAGGAGAUAAACACACUUUGGAAAGCUUGGAAAGCUCAUCCAUUUCAUCUGAAGGUGGCAGGCUUUGUUUCUUCCUCAAGGGCAGGAUGAAUAUUGUGGCCUAAAAUGAGCUUCUCUUUUAUCAAUACCUCAGUCACAUCCCAGUAAGCAGGGUGUAGAGCUUGCCUGACAAAGAAAUGGGUCAUGCUUCUUUGCUUGGUAUUCUAUUUUUUUUUUUGUCAGAGAAAAAUAGAAACACAUUCCACAAAUAAUCUUUCAGGUAGACAGAAGGAGAUGUGUGUACAGGGCAGUUGGUUUCAGGCUGUCAACACUUUUUCUAGUUCACCGGUUUGAAUUCAGAUCAUAGGCCUGACACAUAUUUAUGGUUUCUUCUCUCAGAGGCUCACACAGCCAAAGCACUUAACUUCACAAAUAUUUGUACUUUAUAAAACCUUGCUGCUCUGGAGGAAAGGAACUGAAUCCUCUGCUUUCCAGGCAGGAAACUGAAACUCAUAAGACCUGAGACCUGCCCAAGGUGAUGCUAAAGACCUGCAGCAGACUCAGAAGUAGAACUGAGGGCUCCUGGAUUUUAGGUCAUCGCUGAGGAUGGUUCAUCUGUGAUUCACAUCAGUGAAAUUUCACUGAGAGCAGACCCUGGCCUGGAGCUUCAGUCAAAGGGAGCAGAAUGAGGGGGCCUGCAGUCCAGUGUGGAGAAUCAUGUGCAAGCACCAGCUGAGCAGAGCUUGUGCCUCUCCCUCCAGCUGGGAUUUUCAAACCACUGAUGCUUGGAAGAUCACCACCACCGUCUCUUGCUCCCACAGGCACACAGCCCUGCCUUAGUUUGGUUUCAUGGCUCCAUACUAGAAGCUUCUCUGAGCCUUUCAGAUGAGAGCAGAGAUAGG